AUGGCUUCAAGAGCUGGCCUUCAAGAGCAGCAACCCAGAGACGUCAAUUUAGGAACUAAUGAAGUUUCUGGGAUAUUAUCUUCAUGGGAAUUUGAGAGGGGAAGCCCCAGAUUGCUCGAACCUAUCACCAGGCGAUAUGGUGCACAGUUAGUGGUUAAUGGACAAAAGCAAGCAGAGAAGAACAACAAGGUGAAACCACUUGGGGAAGCAGCUGUAGCUCAGAAGAAAAACAAGGAGAAGCUGAAACCUGAAGCAGUAGUGGUUAUCAGCUCUGAUGAUGAAGAAGUUAACUGCAAAGAGCAAAUUCCCCGGUAUGCAAGGAAGGUGGGAGCAGUGUCUGCAAAGAAGACUGCAGGAAAGACUUAUACUUCAAUUCUCACAGCUCGAAGCAAGGCUGCUUGUGCACUUUCAAGAAAACCAGCGGAGGUGAUAGUAGACAUUGAUGCAAAUGACGUAAAUAAUGAAUUGGCAGCAGUUGAGUAUGUUGAGGAUAUGUACCAGUUCUACAAAGAAACAGAGGAGGAUGGAAGAGUUUGUGACUACAUAGGUGCACAGCCUGAUAUCAGUGCUAAAAUGAGGGCUAUUCUUGUGGAUUGGUUGAUAGAAGUUCACAGGAAAUUUGAACUGAUGCCAGAGAGUCUCUAUCUGACAGUCAAUAUAGUCGACCGGUUUCUCUCAGUGAAGGCUGUUCCAAGAAAGGAGCUUCAGUUGGUUGGCAUGGGUUCAAUGCUUAUUGCAUGCAAGUAUGAAGAAAUUUGGGCGCCAGAGGUCAAUGAUUUCAUUGCUAUAUCAGACAAUGCUUAUGUGAGAGACCAGCUGCUUUUCAUGGAGAAAGCAAUUCUUGGAAAGCUCGAGUGGUAUUUGACAGUUCCAACACCAUACGUGUUUCUGGCUCGGUACAUAAAGGCUUCUGUUCCAUCUGACCCUGAGAUUGAGAAUAUGGUCUAUUUCCUUGCUGAACUUGGCUUGGUGAACUAUGAAACCACCAUACACUACUGCCCAUCAAAGCUUGCAGCCUCUGCAGUUUAUGCUGCACGCUGCACUUUCAAGAAGACACCCUUAUGGACUGAGACUUUAAAGCACUACACUGGCUACUCUGAAGAUCAGAUAAUGGACUGCGCAAAGCUCUUGGUCAGCUUCCACUCAGGUGCAGCAGAAAACAAGCUCAAGGCAUCUUACAGGAAGUAUUGCAAUCCAGAUAGAGGGGCUGUUGCUCUGUACCCCGCAGCAAAAACUCUACCCCCACAAGAAGCAUCUUGAAUUUCUUCUAGGUGCAACCACCAUAUUUUAGUGGUUAAUUUCGAGAUCAUUAUUCUGCAAUGAUCCUCUCUCAAGCCUUUUGAACUGAAAUCACCUUGUCUUGGUUUGAUUUACUACUAGUAAAAUCAUUUGUAUAUCAGAAACGGCAUUAGUUGAUUCCAUUUGAUGACAUGUGUUCUUCAAUGCAA